AUGGUACUCGGUAUGGAUGUCAGUGCUGAAAUUAGUGAAACUGAAGAACUCGCAGAAGACUUGCUCUCAAUCGUCACGGUAUUUGUGGCAAGACAUAACGGAAUGCCGUAUCCGUCUCUUUCCUACGCAAGAAGAGAAAUUGAAACUCAAACGCUGGAUGGGAACAGCACGAUGGACUUACAAUCAGUAUCUCGUAGCAGUCGAAAAAGAGGGUAUCACGCGAACAAAAAAGCUCUGCGAGUACAGUAUCUUAAUGCCACAAAUUUCAAUAAUACCGAACUUAAAUGGGCUCUUGAAACCCCAUAUGAUAUUCGCGACGAAGGGAUGAAUGAUCUACUUAAAGCAUAUUCAACAAAUUUUGCUGCAAAACAGACGAAAUUUAAGAUAAAAUUUCGCUCUAAGAAAGAUCGACAACAAUCUAUUGCAGUUCUAUCGAAACAUUAG